AUUUAUCCGUCCCUCGACUGAAGAGUAAUUUGCCUGAUGAAAAUACGCAACAUGUUUCUGAUUAUUUGAAAUUGGUUUUAUUUAAUCUUAUCUAAUUGGUGAGUGAGCCAUUUAUUACUUGGAACUAUUUUGAUUUUUGAGCCACACGGAGUUCGGUUGUGGUUUCUGCCAUUAUAGACAGAGGUGAACGAAACUACGAAAGUGUUUGUUCAAUGCAUGCAACCAGAAACAUGGCCCAAAAAUAUAGUCCUUGGAUCUUCUUUCUUCAUCUACUAAUAAUCAUGUGUUCCAGUAGAAUCAGAGCCAGGGAAUUGGUUGGAAGUGGAACUGACAUUAACAAAUUCUUGGAAGCGAAAGCAACCUCGGAUGAAGAUCAUCAAACAACACACACAGAACAUAAACAUGGUCACUCCCACAUGCACAUGGACCCUUCUGUGAUGGUGUUCUUCACCCUGAAAGAUUUGAAGGUUGGAAAAACAAUGCCAGUUUGUUUCCCCAAGAGGGACCCUUCAACCUCCCCCAAGUUGUGGCCAAGGGAAGAAGCUGAGCCACUCCCUUUCUCACUCGACCAACUCCCAAACCUUCUCAAAUUCUUCUCUCUCACUCCACACUCCCCACAAGCCAAAGCCAUGCAAGACACCCUUAGUGAAUGUGAGAGCAAACCCAUCAAAGGAGAGGUCAAGUUCUGUGCCACCUCUUUGGAGUCCAUGCUUGACUUCACUCAAACCAUCCUUGGCUCAAAAUCUGGUCUCAAUGUUUUUGCCACCUCUCACCUAACCAAAUCAAGUAUCACUUUCCAAAACUACACUAUCUUAGAAAACAUCAUGGAAAUCAUUGCUCCCAAGAUGGUGGCGUGCCACACCAUGCCUUAUCCUUAUGCUGUUUUUUACUGCCACAGUCAAGAAAGUGAGAACAAGAUAUAUAGGGUCUCACUUGCUGGUGAAAACGGGGACAGGCUGGAUGCUAUGGCUGUUUGUCACAUGGACACGUCACAAUGGGGGCGUGGCCAUGUUUCCUUCCAAGUUCUCAAGAUUCAACCUGGAACCUCCUCUGUGUGCCACUUUUUUCCAGCAGAUAACCUCAUCUUUGUUCCCAAACUCCAAUCUCAUGAUUCUGCAACCAUGUGAUUUUAGUUUCAGAAAUACUACUCAGACUUCCUCUAUUUCCUCUCGCUUCAAAAUCACAAAUUUUGAAAAUGCAAAUCGGGGCAUAUUCAUUGAAGAUUUAUAAAGUUUGUGAUUUCUAAUUAUAAAAAAAAAUUAAAAAAAGUGGUAAUAAGUGAGUGUUUGUGAAAGUGUUUUACUCUUCUUUUAGAUUCGGACUGAAUCGUUACUCUUAUCUUAAAUGUGUAUCUUAGGGUUGUUUGAACUUUGAUGUUUGGGGUUUUCUUUGAUUGCUAAAAUAAGUGCUCUGUGUGGAGCUAAAUAAUGUAAAACUUGUUAUUGGUGUUUGUAUGAUUGUUUGUUUCUUA